UGGACAGCGCCAAGGACGAAGAGAAGAAGUCUGCCGAGGAAGAAGUAGCGCAGAAGAAAGGAGAGGCUGAGACGACGGCGCAGGAAAAGCCCGACGUGGAGAUGAGAGAUGCUGAGAGCGCAGACGACGCGAAACCUCCCGCCGACACCGCCGCUGCGCCCACGCUUGCCAAAGAGUCUGCACCCGAAGAAUCCACCGAGGCCAAGGCCGAGGAGAAAUCUGAGGAGAAGAAGACCGAGGAGAGCAAACCCUCCUCCCCCAAGGACAUUCAAAAAGACGUCGAUGCCGAUGCCGAUGCCGAUACCGUCAUGACCGAGGACAAGCCCGCCGUCAAGCCCGAGGAAGAGGCUGCGAAGCCCAAGCCCAAGGUUGAAGAGGCUGCAGCGACGGCGGCUGCAUCAUCCGAAGUCGACCUUGGAUCUCCGAGCAUCUCAAAGCUGGCCAUUGACGCCACGUCGCCAGCCGCCGAUACCUCGAUCGAGGUGUCCAUGGCUGACGCGCCCGGCUCAAGCUCAAAGGUUGCCAGAGAGCGAGACGAGGAAAUGGAAGACGGACCGGCUGCCAAGCGGACCAAGACUGAGACCCAGGGCGACGAAGGCGCCGCGACGGCAACCCCUUCGGCCGAGAAUGACAUUGCUGCUACUGACGCUCCUGCUUCUGCUAAUGACAGUGGCGUGGAUCGCCUUGCUUCCAUUGCAAAGUGGAAAGACGCAUCGGUUCUCGACAAGAAGAUCACGCCGUUCCAGCGCCGCGAGAUCCGCAAGAUCAUUGGCAGGGUCAAGAAGACCAAGCACGGUGGUCACUUCCGGGACUCGGUGCCCAAGCUGUGGCCGGCGCUGGGAGAGUCGUACUUGGCGCGGAUUGAAAGGCCCAUGGACCUGGGCGAGAUUGAUCGAGGCCUGCGCGACCCCAACCCCAUCUACGCUACGUUUGGCGACAUGAGGAAGGACUUGGGGCUCAUCUACGAGAAUACCCUGACCUUUAACGGCGCCCAGCACGAGGUCACGGACGCCGCAUUCUACGCAGUACGAAACGUGUGGCAGGAGUCCGUCGCGAUCCCCGAAGAGGAGCCCGCCCGGCCCAAGUCUGUGGCCAAGCCGAAGCCCCCGCGCGAGCAUCGCCUCAUGUCCGGCCCCGAAAACGCCGUGCGGCGGCAGUCCUCGGGCCCGGCAUCUAGCCCGCCGCCGCCACCGCCGCCCGUCGCCGAUGUCAAACCACCCAGGCCGCAGGCCGCAGAGCCCAGCGCGGAUCGUCGAGGCUCCAUCGCCGACGCCGACAGGCCAAAACGGACGGUAAGGGCACCGAAGCCCAAGGAUAUCGAUUAUACCACUAAGCCUUCUC